AAGUACUCUGAUCUAUAGGACAUGACUUUUAACAAUUGAUUUAUCAAAAAAAUUCCCUUCCCAACUUACUUAAUUUGAAGAUUACGGAAUACUCUAUAGUAGAGUAUUGGAAACAACAAUGUUCUGCAUUAAGACUGUUUCUAAAUAGGCUGGUAGUUGAAGUGACAAUAUUGUCAUUUCCUCAAUCAAUAUCAUUUAUUGCUUUAUAAAUGCCAACGAAAAUAUGGAAAAUCGGAGUUCCACCUAGAAUCACUAUCUAUCACGAAUAAAAAAUAGCAUCGCGAUUGAACUCACACCAACUACAAUUUCACUAAACUUCCGACUUCUAAACUAUAUCAAUGCUUCCCUUAUCAAAUCUCAUAACUAUAACUCAACUAUAAUUAUACCAUGCGAGGCAGCGCUUUCCCGCUGUCCACGUUUCAACACAAAUGCGGUAAAGUGCGGCAUUAAUGCGACUUUGGCGUGGGAUCACCAGCGAUUAAGGAGGCAAGCGACGGGGAUCGAGACUCGCUCGAUUCGAGAGGCUUUGAUUCAACGAUCCCGACGGAAACUGAACGAAGCCUCAACGGGACGCGAGAUCCCUGGAUCGGGAUCAAUCGCGUAGGAGGGAAAUCUUCGCGAGAGUAAUUCCUCGAGCUCCCCUGCAUCUCGCGUCCACGUACGAGUCGAAGACUUGCGCGGGGGGAGGGAGGAGUCACGGUGGCUCAGGUACGAAGAAAGGAGUCGAGACGGUGGCUCGGAACGGAGAUCGACACAAAGGCGAAUCGGAGCAUCGGGGCGUUAAGAGGACUCCGAGAAGACGGUAUCCUUCCGCAUACGGUUCUCUGUUGACUGAAGUGACUUAAGUCAACGCCGCGCGCACCUAUGGACUGGCACACCACGUUCGCCAGCAUGCGUCACAAGAGGGACGGAAAGAACGCGACGUUCGCGAGAGGGGGUGGCCAAAGGAUGAAGAAGGAGAGCCCCGAGCGAAAGAGUGAGACAUCCAAUGAGCAGCUGGAAGCGGAGCGAGAGAGUCCGGUGCGUGUAGCGGCGAAGGGUUUAAGUAUAAGGAUACCGAGGCAUGCGCCGUCCUAUCAUAUUGAUCUCGCCAUAGUAACGAUUCUCUCUUCUCCGGCGAUGUUGGCAUGCACUAUAGCAGCGGUACGAGGAGGGAAACCCGACGAGAACGGCGGAAGGGGGUUGUACCGCAUGGUAUACCAUGCCACCCAACGAUGCGCGGAUGUGGGCCGCACAGGGAUGAACGAGAACGACCGACGGGAGAAAGGGUAAACCGAGCGAGAUGGAAGCGUUGGUGGGAAGAGGAGGGAAACUCGCAGAGAGAGCCACCGACAGGGUGAAAAGGAGAGGAGAGACGUCAGUGGCGGUAGGCCACGCAGGGCGCUAGCGCCAAAGAGAGCCGAGGUGGCGAUACCGCGCGGCGCUGCAGCCAGACGAAAAUCAGUCCAGCGUUGGUCGCCGGCGAGGGCGCAUCUGACAACCCUGUGACAGGAUACGGGACAUCCGAGGAUAUUAGGGGAAUCGAACGUCCGCGAACAAGCGUUGAACCGGAAACUGGAUCGAGGGAGAAGGGAUGUCGACCGAGCUGGCGUCACGGUUCUGAUAGUCAGACGCGCUCCGAGAUUCGGCGAGGAUCGGGCGAAUCGGUUCGCGGAUUAGCUGUUUCGCGUUGUGACGCGUCGAAGAGCGCGAGUUGUCCGUGGUAUUGCGCGACGACUGCACCAUUUUCGAGGAGAAAAAAAAACGGGGAACCGUAGCUCGGUGGAAGGAAUCAGUCGCUGGGCCAGGUCGAGAGUAACAACGAGCAAGCGAGAGAGAGAGACGAAGAAGAGAUGUCCUCGAUGCCAAACGACGAUGCCGCGCGAAGGCAAAACGUCAUCGGAGCUUAGUGCGUGCGGGGUUGUCGCGCGGGGACACGCUGCAGGUCCGCGGAGACUGUCACGUGCCCCUGAUAGGGAGAAAACGAUGCUAUUGGUGUGUUCGAGGCACGCACGUUCGGGUGGACCCUGAGAAGACCGUAGGACGAACGGUCAAUUCUCGACUUCUUGGGAGUUCCGAGUGCCUACGAUACGAGUGGUACCGUUUCUGUCCGACGCGUCUGCAGCCACGUGCGAGGACAACCGAACGGUGAGGAGGCGGAGGAGGCGGAGAAGAAGCCGGUGGUGGCGGAGGUGGUGGUGAUCGAGGAAGGAGCUAGCCGCUCCGAUUCCUCAAUCGUGCAAACAUGAGACGUUGGACUUUGAUAGCGUUUAUAGCCCUGGCUGCAUUCGGGCUGGUAAAUGGCGGUUUACACGAGAAACGGCUGCUAAACGACCUGCUGGAUGCGUACAACGUGCUGGAGCGUCCUGUGGGCAAUGAGUCCGACCCCCUCGUGUUGAGUUUCGGCCUUACACUUAUGCAAAUAAUCGACGUUGACGAGAAGAAUCAACUGCUCAUCACAAAUCUUUGGCUGAAAUUGGAGUGGAAUGACGUGAACAUGAGAUGGAACGUGUCGGAGUACGGGGGUGUGAGAGACCUCAGGAUCCCGCCACACAGACUUUGGAAACCUGACGUUCUCAUGUAUAACAGCGCGGAUGAGGGGUUCGACGGCACUUAUCCAACGAACGUCGUCGUCAAGGACAAUGGAACCUGCUUGUACGUACCGCCCGGUAUAUUCAAGAGCACUUGCAAGAUAGACAUUACUUGGUUCCCCUUUGACGAUCAACGCUGUGAAAUGAAAUUCGGCUCCUGGACGUACGACGGCUUCCAGUUGGACCUGCAACUGCAAGACGAGUCCGGCGGUGACAUCAGCAGUUUCAUCACUAACGGCGAGUGGGAUCUGUUAGGAGUGCCCGGAAAGAGGAACGAAAUUUACUAUAAUUGCUGCCCAGAACCGUACAUAGAUAUUACGUUCGUGGUCAUCAUUAGAAGGCGAACUCUUUACUAUUUCUUCAACUUGAUCGUGCCAUGCGUCCUGAUUGCUAGUAUGGCCGUUCUGGGAUUCACCUUGCCGCCAGACUCUGGCGAGAAGCUCUCUUUAGGGGUAACCAUUCUAUUGUCCCUCACUGUGUUCCUGAAUAUGGUCGCCGAGACAAUGCCAGCGACGUCGGAUGCCGUGCCACUAUUGGGGACGUAUUUCAACUGCAUCAUGUUCAUGGUGGCCAGCAGUGUUGUCAGCACCAUCCUUAUUUUGAAUUACCAUCACCGAAACUCUGAUACCCACGAAAUGUCCGAUUGGGUGAGAGUGAUAUUUCUUGACUGGCUGCCUUAUGUACUUUGUAUGUCACGACCGACUGAUAAAGAAGAAAAGGAGACGCAAAAGUCUCAGAAACCGUCUCCAGUCACCGGUAAUAUAGUGACACGAAAAAGCAUCGACACAAGUACUAGCAAGACAUACGGCGACCUGGAGCUUCAUCAGAGAAGCAGCAAGUCCCUCAUAGCGAACGUCCUGGACCUCGAGGACAACGCCUUGGCGUCCCACAAUAACCUCCUGAACAAUGUGUACAGUACACCUGGCCCCCACCACCACACGAUAGGCCAUGGGCACAGCCACAUACAUGCGACACCUCAUCAUCAUCACAGCCACGUUGCGACGCCGCAUCAUCAACACGCAACGCCAUUGGCGCACACCUCUUAUCCGGCGCACCAGAUCGGUCACACGCCGCAUCAUCAUCAACAUCCACCGGAAACGCCUGGUCCACAGGUCGAAACGAUACUUCAGAACGCGUGUUUUUGUGCCAGAUACGAGCUCAUCCUGAUCCUGAAAGAGAUCAAGAUAAUAACGGAUCAGCUGAAGGCGGACGAGUUGGACACGAAGGUGACGAACGACUGGAAGUUCGCGGCGAUGGUGAUCGACAGAAUGUGCCUAAUCAUUUUUACUCUGUUCACCAUCAUCGCUACCAUCACCGUCCUACUGACGGCGCCGCACAUCAUCGUCACGUGAUUCAAAAAACUCAGGCAGCCGCCGGAGGGUCGGAGGUCGACGAGGAUCGUGCACUGGCGCGGCGUUACGGUGCGGAUGACGACGAACACGACGACGACCUCGCACGCGACGGACGUCACGGAUGCGUCGGAAACGGCGGGCCAUCGCGAACGACGCCCAAAACGACGCAUCCACUUAUGGACGUUCGCCACGGGGUCACGCUUCAAGCUCGUGCGUUGUCACGUUUCGGGAGAUCUGCGCCGCGAUAGGAUGAAAACAAUGCGAAGAUUAUGCUCUUCGUUCUUUACGAUACUUAAGAAAUAUCUCAUCAUGUAGUUCAUUCCACGAGGACGCCUUAGCGAGACACGUUGAUAAUGCGCCUACAUGGGGGGCGUGGAAAGGAUACACACACACGUACACUCACAUGAAACACCGAUACGCGUGGCACGCGGAUGAUCAGGGUUGGGGAUCUUUGCGACUCUUUCGUUCGCUCGAGUUUGGUUUGAUUUUGUACUUUUGCUAAUGGCUGUCGAUGAAAUGUCUAGGUGUUGAUUAACUGAUAAUCCAAGGCGUGGAUCAGGGAACUGGUUGGUAUUUAUUAUAGAUUUACUCCACUGUACAAUUCGACAAUGACUUCGUAUUUAUUCCUGAACUGUUUCCAACUUGUCCUGAGUAAUUCGAAAGAGAACACUCAAGAAACAAUUACAUGUAUAUCUCGCAGUCAAAAGGAAUAUGUUAUGCAUGACCAGAUACACUUCUAUCGAGAGCAAUAAAAUUAAAUUGACUUUGCCUCAAAAAUUCAUAAUAUCAGUCUAUUAUUUCAAAUGCACAAAGGUCUAUUGGUAAAACAAAAUGAGAAAUAUCCUUUCACAGACUUCUUCCAUAAUUUCACACAUGUAUGUUCACCAGACUUAUUUUAUUCAUCUCGCAAUGUGCUAUAUCAGUUUGUUCCUGUUGAUCAUUCAAUUUAUUCUGUAUUUUUGUACGAAUCGUUCCUUCCGCCCAGUUUUCAACCAAUAGGAUUAAUCACGCCACUGAUUUUUUUCCACUGACAAAGAAUCAUUCAAUCGCGUAGUGGAAAUCAAUGUAUUUAAAAAAAAAAGAAAAUUCCGCCUCCUGAACUCGCGAAAAAAAUAAUUCCGUUGAAACCCGAAAACCGUUUAUCUUUCUAGUUUGUUUCUGCAAUAGCUUGCAAUCGAGAUGCAAAUAGAACCGCGUGUACAGGUGCGUCAUAUACACAAACACACACGCACAUACACACACGUACAUACGCGCCCAAGCGCAAACUGAACACGAAAACACAGAGCACUGAGGACCGUCGAAGCGUUUGAAUUUGUUAAAGGAUAAAUCGAGUUUUCGGGACGCGGUCCACGGUCGCGAAACGAUUUUCCGUUUUGGCCCUGGUGUCCGUCCCAAAAACGAGAGAGCAUCUCAUAGGAAGGAGAGAGAGGGAGAGAUACAAACGAGAGAGCGAAUAGCUGAAGAAGGGUACACUGCUCCUUUUAUUGUGCUUAAAGAGAUAAAAAAAAAAAAACGAGACGAAACCGAAGCAAAACACGAUUAAGAGCAAAGCGCACACACAUUAAAUAAUUCCGAAAACCUGAAAAUGCAAAAAAAAAAGAAGAAGAAGAAGAAAUGAAAAAUAAAAACGAGACGAGAGAGAGAGAGACGAGAGAGAGAGAGAGAGAGUGAGAGACAAAAAAAGAGAUAAGUAAAAUAAUACUAAACACAAUGAACUGCCAAGAUGAUUCAAGACAAUGCCAGUGAAUUUUAUUAUCCGUAUCACUAGUAAGUAAAUCGACGACAACUUAAAUAAACGGGGGAUUUAUACUACGAUUAUAAGGUGGCGUGCGACAGCGCGGCGUUAAACAAAAAAAAAAAAGCAACUACUGUUCUCUGUUAGCUUAAGAGGAUAUCAACGAUAUCCGCGGGGCGUUAUAGCGAGCCGAAUGGUGUAAUAAAAUUGACGCGGGGAGAACGCAUGUUCACGUAUACGUACGAAAAGAAUAGGAUAGCGACGGUGACGAUUGAUUUAGCGCAGCAUCUUUCUUCAUUUCUUUCCACGCGUUUCUUUCCCUUCUAUCAGCGGACAUCGUUUGUCGUUGUCCCUCUGUACACGCUUGUACGAGCCCACAUCACGGUACAUAAACACACACUCUCUCUUACCGACAUACCCACACACAAGGUACAACACAGUUACACGAUUCACUCGCAACACUUUUCCGAGAUCUAACGUUUCAAGUGAGGCUUCCGAAUCUUCCAAGUGAAACUCUCAGCCGAAGAAAAGGGCGCCGUGUCCUUUGUUUAUUUUCGAAGGGAUCCGAGACUGGCGAUUCGAACGAACUCGAGCCUGGUAGUGUAUAUUUACUUUUUUAAGUCGUGUCGCCUUCGAACGACGCGAGUCUCGACGAUCUCUGGAUCGAUGAAACCCCGGUUAGGAGCUCGUUCGAGGCGCGACUUGCACUUUUUCAUCCACGAACGAGCCCCGCAAUUUGGGUCGGCACUCGAUACGAACUUUCCGCGAUUUCGAGCGACCGCCGAAGCUUGGUUCUCGAGUAAUCUCUUGCUCUCCGACCGCACGCCACUCGCUCUAAAUGGCCAAUAACCGUUUGCAAUUUGCCUGCAAAAGUGCCCAAGUCGGAUUAUCCGUCAACGGAACGCGCGGGUGGAUCCGAUCGAUUUUGUCGUACGUCGAUGCAAAGUGAACCCCUUUUCUUAGAAUGUAAAACGGAUUAUGCGAUAGCGAACACAAACCGGAAGCGUACAGUCUUCAACGAGUUUCGAAAUUAAACGAAUGGAAUGUUCCCCGUUGCGAACAACGACGGGAACUUGUGACCUUUAAAUUCGUAUUUUUCAGAAACCGCUAUUACGAAAUGUUGUCCUCUUUGCGUUGAGCUGAGACUGGCGGAGCAGAGAUGGGCAACUGGAUGGCCCACGAGCCAGAACCCAUGGGGUGUUGGCAAUCGACGGACACGCGAAGAGAACGACGUCACGGUGGAAGUAACGGGCGGGAAGUGACCGCAGGAAAAGGAAGUCACGUGGGACGGACAGCAGUGCGUAAGUAUCGAGCAUUUCGACCACUGUGUCGUAGACGUUGGUACACCCCACUCCUGCGGUUACUCCUGCGCCAAGUUUCACUGUGACGUCAAGUGGUCUGUAGCUAUUUCGUCGAUGCACGUGAGCUGAAACGAGAUCGUGCUCGUGACAUGUUCGGUUGCCCAUCCCUGCGCCAGGGGACAUGAACGACGUUCUCUCGGAAAGUGAUCACGACGUUUCGCCAUCACUGCGGCUGACAUAGAAAUUCGAAGAACCGUAACUCGAACGGUUAUUAUUAUCAGUGCAUCCUCAGACUGCCGAUGAAGACAAACACUGCAAUGAUGUAACUAAUGAAACCGUCGAUGAUUUCAUUAUUUACACACGAAAGUUUGGGUUAGCGUAUAAGUGAUAAAUAAAUUUCCUAAUUUUCUUGCCGUCAUGCAGCUGAAAUUUACGCAAAGAUGAAGGUUGUACGAAGUUUACUAAAAAGGACACACUUUUGAUAACUGUCGCCCUACCUUUCUCAAUUAUUAUAUCCAACAGCUUCAAUCCUAAUUUUUAUAUACAUUGUCCAUCGUACAAUGAUGUGUUGUAACAACUCUGGAGAUCUUUUUUUAAUAACUCUGUAGUAAUAAAGCUACUUAUUAUACGUCGAUGAAGCCUUGAGAAGCUAUAACUAUUAAAAGUCAUCAGUAAGUAUGUAGAAAGCCAUCGAAUGCUCGUUCCAAAAAAUUCAACGAUGAGUUAUUAAAUGUAACGUUGUCGACCUUGGAAUCGAUCUUCCUCAGUGACGAUCGUGUGCUUUAAUUGCGAUAGAAUAAGUAGGAGCGAAUAACAAUUUCCAAGAAAAUGUCAAAAUAUUCUUUUAAUAGAAUUCAUUAAAAACAUUUAGUUUAUUAUUAAGAAUAUGAGUAAGAAGAUUAGAAAAUAUGUAGAAUAUGUACAGAAACUAAAUGCUAUAGUGUUUACAUAGAAAAAUUAACUUUGGAUGCUGCUAUUAUCAAUAAUUCGAAAAAAAGUAUAUCCCAUAGUAAUAAAAGAGGUAAAAUACAUAUAUAAAUUUUAAAGCUGAUCACGAUGAAAAUAUCUUCUUUUACUGAGAAAGACCUACAGCGGAAUCGAAAACGUUACAUUAAAUAAAUACUCACUGGCUACUCGCAUAAAUUAAUUCACCAGUAAGUAGUCAUAUUACGGAAGAAUUUAUCUGCUACCCAGUAUAAUUAAUCUUAGAAUAAAUCUCCAUGGAAGAGCAUAUAUGGCCACCUCGUCAUUUCCGAAAAUUCUCCAUUUUGUUCACAUAAUCAACCACUAAUGGUCAAAUAAGUCGUCCAACCUUCUUUCGCAAAAUGUAAACAAUCUACCCAAACCUUUGAUCGGUCCUGUCCGUUGCGCAUCGACUAUUCGUUUAAAAAUUAAGUUUCGGUAACAUGAAUUGAACAAUUGUUGCGCUAUACUGUAUCACGCAACGACGGUGAAUGCGAUACGAUGGGAAUUUCGCUAUGCUUGAAGUGUUUCCACGAAGUCGGUUAGAUUUAAACGCACUAUGUGGAUCGUGUCGAAUUUCUGUCGGCUAGGAGUUUAGAAGCAGAACAAAAAAAACACACUUUAGUCAAUAUCGCGAGUGCUCAGUAUUUAAUAUGAUAUCCCAUUUACUAUUUAGACUCGUGGCACGACAGAACACGCGUACACACCUGGACGAAUAAAAUUGGCGAGGGAUUGGGGUUACCUUUGCGAGCUGUGAAUGUUUCGAGUUUCUAAGAUUAGAUUCAAAGCUGUACUUCGUUAAUUUCAAUAAUCGCGUAAUUCGCCAGGCUCCGUCUGGUCUUUGGUUGAGUUUUUAUUGGAACAACUCUGUACGGAGGUUUCGAACAAGGUAUCGGCGCUUGUUUCAGUCGAGAGUAGCGAAGAAUAAUUUCGAUCACUUUUUACGCUGUCGAUUUAAUUUUAAAACUGUAGAUUGUUAACGAAGGAAAGGAGAAAAUUGAGAAUACCGAGUCUCACGAGUACUAACCAAACGUUGUUCUUAUACUUAAUUAAAAACACUACGCUUGAUGUUCCAUGUUCUUGAAGAAACUUUUUCUUCAUCAAACUGGUUUUCCUAAGACUAACUUUUUUCGCGAGGUGGUAGCUUUCGCACAUGCCCGAAGAGUAUCGAAUGAAAUUUCGCAUAAAACAUAUACUGUAAAAGAUCUGGUGCCUGUGAAUAUCGUACGAGAGCUCGCUAACUUAAUUGAUUAUUUGUGCAGUGAUUUUUCUAAGCCAUGAAUGAUAUCGAGUGUCGAAUAAUCCGUCAACUUUUGUAAGUAAUUUAAAUUGUGAACCGGGUACAGAAUAUUUCUUUUGCGCGUUUGUGAAAUCGUUAGGGAAAUAACUCUAUUCGUGAAACUGUUUUAGCUGUAAUUUCUGAUACAGUGUUGUUCUGAUAGCUCUCCAUUUUUUGAUGCUCAACCAAAUUAGCGAUUAAAACUGUUUAAUUCCGUAUAGCCGUGUAUACAUCUAAGCUCUUACCGUUUCGAGUAGACGUUGAAAUCAAAAACCUCCAAAGCAUUACGCAUUCGAAACGAAACAUUUCGACGUCAACGGAGAAAGGCUUAAAGAAGUCCUCGAUGAAAAAUAAUUUCGUCCUUCGACGAAGAGUGAAAACGGAAAACGAAGGCCCGAAAAAAAAAAGUAACGGAAUCGGAGAAACGGGGGAAAAAGUCAUCGCGAAUUCAAAAUAAACAAAAAAAAAAGGAAAAGGAGAAUAUCGAGAUCUCGUUAACGGAUAGUCUCGCAGGCGGGUUUUUUUUUGAGAA